AAUUAAUUAUGUAAGAGAUUAUAAAGUUAAAGCUACACGGAUUGGCGGUAUAGAUGUAUCGCCAGGAGAAGGCAAAUGUGUAGUUACAAUAACAGUACUUUCAUACCCUUCACUAGAAGUAAUAUAUACCUAUAACGAGGUACACACAAUCAUGGAGCCAUAUAUACCUUCAUAUUUGGCAAUGAGAGAAUCUAAACCAAUUCGUGAAACGUUUUACAACUUUAUAAAUACACUAGAAGUAGAUGAUAUACCUCAAGUUUACAUAGUUGACGGUAAUGGUAGACUUCAUGAUCGAGAAGCAGGUUUAGCAACACAAAUAGGGGUUGAACUAGAUAUUGCUACGAUAGGAGCAUCGAAAAACUAUUAUCCACUCACUUCACUAAAUAACUGGAGAUCCGAUGCGAAAUCUUUCCGAAGUACAAUAAAAGGUAAGCUGAAACGACGGGGUGAAUGGUUAGGACUGUUUAACAUAUACGGCAAAGAGUAUGUUGGUGCUGCACUUCUCACAGGCGAGAAAGCAAAUAAUCCAAUAUAUAUCUCAGCAGGACAUAAAUGUACACUGUACUACGCUAUAGCUAUGACUCUAUCUACAGCAAAACAUCGCGUUCCAGAACCGAUUAGAAUUGCAGAUCAAGCAGGUAGACAAUAUGUAGAAAAAUAA